GGGCCGCGGCGGCGCGCGCUCUCGGACCGCGCGCACCGCCGGCGGGCACGGAUUGCCGGGAGCCGGGUCCGAGUCGGAUCAGGAACCGGGGUGUGCGAGUUGAAACAGGGCUCGCGGGAGACGGUCGCGAUGAACACGGUGCUGUCACGGGCGAACUCACUGUUCGCUUUCUCGUUGAGCGUGAUGGCGGCGCUCACCUUCGGCUGCUUCAUCACCACCGCCUUCAAAGAUAGGAGCGUCCCAGUGCGGCUGCACGUCUCGCGGAUCAUGCUAAAAAAUGUAGAAGACUUCACUGGACCUAGAGAAAGAAGUGAUCUGGGAUUCAUUACAUUUGAUAUAACUGUUGAUCUAGAGGAUAUAUUUGAUUGGAAUGUUAAGCAGUUGUUUCUUUAUUUAUCAGCAGAAUAUUCAACAAAAACUAAUGCUCUGAACCAAGUUGUCCUUUGGGACAAGAUUGUUCUGAGAGGUGAUAAUCCGAAGCUGCUGUUGAAAGAUAUGAAAACAAAAUAUUUUUUCUUUGAUGAUGGAAAUGGUCUCAAGGGAAACAGGAAUGUCACCUUAACUCUAUCUUGGAACGUUGUACCAAAUGCUGGAAUUCUACCUCUUGUGACAGGAUCAGGACAUGUAUCUGUCCCAUUUCCAGAUACAUAUGAAAUAACGAAGAGCUAUUAAAUUAUUCUGAAUUUGAAGCAACAUAUUUUUAUACUCAAUGAAUUGUAUCUCAUUUAUCUCUUCCCUUGCAUUUUCAUUUGCUUUUGGUUGUUACUUUAUUAUGCUUUUGAAGUUUUUUUGGUAUAAGAACUUACAUCAAAAGGCGCAUUUGAAGGGAAAGGUUAAUGAGCUAUUUAAACUUAAAUUUACAAACAAAACAAAAAAGGAAGGCCACCAAAGUGGAGUAUUAUAGAAUAAGACAACUUUAUAAUAAUAAGGAUUUGUAAAAAAUAUAUAUUUGAUGUAUUCCCUGUAUUUCCAUUGUUCUUUAUAGAAUAUAAAGUGAGCAUGAAGGGUAGUUAAAACUUUCAGGUGCCUGUAGAGUCAUAAGAACUCUGUAUUUUAUGCCUUCCAUUCAUGCAAGUUUAGAUUGGAUGUGAUUUAAAAGUAAACAUUCUCUUCUGUCACUUUUGGGGUAUAUCUGACUACUGGAAAAAUUACUAAGGUUAUUUGUUAAAAGCCUGUUUUGAAAAUAGCCAAAAGUGACAGAAUUUUGUUCCAUUACUCUUAGAAAUGCCCAUAAUUCUUUUUCAUACUGAUACUAGCAACAUUCUUCACUUAAAGAGUGAAUACCUCUUUAUGUGCUGUAAGUCAUUUAAACUCAUUUUUAAUUCUCUUAAGUCAACCAAUUGUUUGUCUUUCAGUUCUUUCUCUUAAAACAUUCCUUUGUGUUAUAUCUGUAUAAUUUUUUAACAUUGCCGUUGAAAAUUGAAAAUGUUCGCAUGAGUCAAGUUUGUUCUAGUGAGCAUGCCUGUUGCCAUGGAGUGGUAAUUAUUUAAAACUUUCUGUAGGUUCACAUUUUAAUAAUUAUUGGGGUAUUAAUAGUAACCAGUAUUUGUGUUGUGCUUUUCCAUUUACAAAGCACUCUCAUUUAUUUUAUUGUAUGUGAUCCUCAGUAAUCUAAUGAGGUAAGUAGUGCAAGUGUUACUAUCACUAUUUGCAGAUGAAGAAGCUGAAACCCAAAAGUUUAGUGAAUUGCUCAAGGUUGUAGAGCUAGCCAGGAAUGGAGAUAAAACUUGAACUCAUAUCUUUUGACUUUUUAAACUUAUCUUCUCUUCUAUACCUCAGAUUAUAGACUAAUCAGAUUUCAUUUAUAAUUUUCAUUAUUAUUUUUUGUUACCCUGGACACACUUUUCUGCCACUCCUUGAAGAGGUUUCUCAUCCUGUAUGGAAGUGACUAAUUGUCAAGCUGCCAACAACUUACAUAGAGCUAAGAGAAACUGCUCAGGAUAAGAAUGCUCCAACAUGGGAAUAAAGCUGCAUCUCAGGAACUCAUUUUGGGUGUGCAUAGCUUUAUUAGUUUGCCAUAAUUAUACAUUUUUAAAAAUUGACUUGUGUUUAGUUUAGUAACCAUAUCAUCUAUCUUAAUAGCAAUGUUUUAAAGAAGUCUCAUAAAGUCUCCACAAGGAAACAAGGCUUCAGAGUUGUAAACACCUAAGUAUGAUUAGAAUUGUCUGAACCUACAGAUGAUUCUGGAAAAAGAGAAUAAGGAUUGCAGGACACUAAUCUAAAGUAGUUGCACUUCAAAAUGAAUGAAUUUUAAAUGUAUUCAAAUAACCCUUUUCUCUAGCAGUUUAACAUAGAUAAGCAGCUAUAUCAGUGUUUUUUAUUCCCCUGUUGAUUAAAUUUGGUUUCUUUAUGCUUAAGGAAAAAAACAGUCAACUUCAGAAAUUUCCUAGAAAGUGAUAGGAACGUGAGUUGUUUAGAAUUUGCUUUCCUGUAAUUACAGAUUUUUGGUGGAUAUGGCCAGCUUCUUAGUAGCACUGAGGUGGGCUUAAAGGUUCUAAUGAGCAUUUUUCACUGUUGUCUUCUGUCAAAGUUUAGAGACCUAAAGUUUUGGAACUUUGACAUUGUUUAACAGAGCUGUUAUUUUAUUUAACAUUUUUGAAUGGCAGAAUUUUUUUUGACAUUGACAUGAAAUGGGUUUAUGGGGGAAAACAUAAUCUCUGAGCUUUGGUAGUAAACAAACAUCCAUCUGUUUCAAAAGCUUUUCUUACUUUAGCAGAGAUCCUAUAUGUACAUUAUAUGUGACUGCCAGUGGUUAAGAGAUCUAUUUCAAAAAAUUGUUGCAUGUUUUUAAUGCAAUUUGGGAAAUUGUUUACUUUACAAAUACAGAAUCAUGAAGAAAAAUUCAUGAAAAUAUUGAAGAUAUGUUUGAUGUUCUUAAUUGCAAUAAAUAUUCGGCAUUUUUUCUAAUGAAAAUUUUGUUUAUGAGUGAAAGUUUGCAUUUUAAGACUGAGAUUUACGCUUUUUGUGUGGAGCUGCUGAACUAAAAGUAAAUGGAAGAAACUAAGUCUAGUAAACUUCCUCAGAAUAUUUUUUCUUCUUUCUUUUGGGGGUGGAGGGAGGUGUUGGGUAGGUGAAGGGAGGUUAGUUACACCUAAAAUAGCUUCCCCAGAGACUGUAUGCUCUUAUACUAGACUGUAAGCUGUUUGAGGGCAGUCUGUUGGAUUUAUCUUUGCAUCUUCCUCAGUGCCUAGCAUAGAACUUGCAUGUAAUAGGCACCCAAUAAAUGUUGAAGAAUGAAGUUGUGUUUCUAAUGUGACCAAACCAUGGGGACUGUUUGUAAUUAACACUUUUCUCCUUUGUUAAGUAAGUGCUGCCUCUUUAGUUCCUGGUAACAUCAGAUGAAUGUUCUUCCUCUUUGCUUUCUAGCUGAAUUGGGUCUGCCCAGUCAUGGCAAAUGCUGCUCUUAUUCCACUUGUCUAGGAUCUAUGUUCUCUAGGCUUUUGAAAAUAAGAGAUCCAUGUGAUAGGUGGCUAGUUGACAAGACUGAUAUGUAGAUUCCUUCACCCUAAACACUACAACCAUAAAAUAGACCUAAUAUUAUAGAUUUCAAGAUACUUGUUAAUCUGUUCAUUUGGGAAUGGGUCAGAAAUAAAUAGGUGACUCCUCUUGAAAGUGGUGUGUUGCUGAGCCUCUACCAGCCUCUUGGGCAUGUUAGCUGGUUUGACUUACUGGUACUAUACUUUUGACUUGUUGGAUAGCACUGAACUUACUGUGUUAUGGAAAUUCUGCUUUUCCUCAUUUAUGUCAAAAAAGAUAUACUUCCUGAGAAGAUGUGCUUACCUGUGAAUUCUUUAAACUACAGAAACAACAGAAAACUAAAAAAAAAAAAAAAAAAAGAAAAUAGAAAAACAGUAAGUUUCAAGGGUAAAGCUUU